CAAAGUUCAUGAUCUGAAGGUGUUACACGGAAAGUUGCCCCCAACAUGGGAGGUGCAGCAGACACCAGCGGACUGCGGUAGUCGGCGAAAGAUUAUUUGGCUCAACCCGAUUUACUAUACUGUGCUGUUUUGAUCCGAUUUCAAUCUAGAGAGUGUAAAUAGACUCGCCUGUCGAAACUCAUCCGGAACAGACAACAGUUAAAGCCACGGAGGAGCACGUUGAGCGUCUGUUGUCGUCUCCUGUCUUAAAAGCACAGUUUGUCAUUUCGUAUGAAGCUUUUAUUUCCAUAAAGACUUGAAUAAUGUCAACGACAUCGCUGGAUAAAGAGCUACAGGAGCGUCUGCGAGAGGCCAGUGCCAUCGGAGACCUCGAGGAGGUGAAGACUUUAGUGGAGAGCGGAGUCAACAUCAACUCUCAGAAUGAGAUCAACGGAUGGACAUGUUUGCAUUGGGCCUGUAAAAGAAACCACAAACACAUAGUGGCCUAUCUGUUGAACGCCGGAGCCGACAAAGACAUUCUGACAGCGAAAGAGGAGCUAGCCGUUCAACUCACUUCCAAACCUGAAAUCAGAAGACUGCUCGGAGUGGAAGAAGAAGAUGUGCCUGAGGUGAAGGAACCAGAGCUGCCAAUCAUCCCAAACUAUCUUUCCAACCCGCCCUUCCUGUACAGCAAGAUGGAUAACGACACCCUGAGCACAGCACAGCAGAACGGCAGCAACAAUCCUCCAGAGCCCCUGGAGUCAGAACCAGCGACGUUAUCACCGACACAGGAGCAGCAGCUUCCGCCUCAGCAUCAGCAGCCCAAGAGCAUUUACUCAGACAGCCAGAGCCAGCAGGAGUUACCCUUCAUCCCCGUGGUGGAGCAGAACGGCCUGCCCAUGGAGCUCUCCACAGAGACUCAUCACACCAGCCACUGCGAGUUUACACACCCUCAUCCUAUAGCACAGAACGGCCCGCCACCGGUCCCCAGCGCCAGCGUCACCCGGCAGCAGUCUGUCCCACAGCAGAUCAACUGCUCCCAGCUCGGGGGAUCCAUGCCGGCCUUCCAGCCCUUCUUUUUCACCAGCACUUUUCCCGUUAACGUACAAGAGCUGGUCCUGAAGGUGCGCAUCCAGAACAGCAGCGUCAGAGAGAACGACUUCAUCGAGGUGGAGCUGGACCGGCAGGAGCUGACGUACCGCGCACUCCUCCGCGUGUGCUGCCGCGAGCUGGACAUCAGCGCGGAGCACGUGGAGAAGAUCCGCAAGCUGCCCAACACUAUGCUCAGAAAGGAUAAAGACGUGGCACGGCUACAGGACUUCCAGGAGUUGGAGGUGGUGCUGGAGAAAACCGAAAGCUUGUCUCUGUUCUCCGGAGGUCAGGGGGGUCUGCCCGACAGGCCCUGCUACAACAUGAAGGCCUCCAGGCUCACCUACUAGCUCCACAUUAGAGACUCCGAGAGGUUUAUCCGGGACCUGCUUCCUGAAAUCCCAAACACUUUUCAGAUCCCAACAUAUGCUCCCGUGUUGGGUUGGUAAAUGGUUCCCACUAGAUGAUCUCCUUCAUUAACAGAUGUAUCUUUAGUGCCUCCUCCAUUGUAACCAUAGAUAGCUUGUUCUGCAGGUUUGACCUGCUCUGGGGUGGAUGGCGCGUUCGAUUUGAAUAGUCAAAUCCAUUCAGCUCACGACAGGACUUUUGCGUUCAGAUCCAUCCCACUGCCUUGCCUUCAUAUCGGCUCACUGUGUGAGAGUAGGCGUUUCAUCAGACAUCCAACAAAUGUAUACGGUCCUAUCACAAGAGGUCUGUCGGACAUGCUGGCCAAUCAGCUGUGUAGUGGUUUGUAUGCCUGCAUUGACUGGAGGGAGCCACGCUAGUUUCACACCAAUGCUUCGAAAUAAAAAAAAAAUGUGGUUUGCAAGACAACUCUCUGUGCACUUUACCGAAACCUUGCCGUUAUGAGGGAAGCGUCCUUUAUAUUUAACCCUUGAGAAGUCAGUGCUGUAUUUUAAAUGCUGUUUUGUUUUUCAGUCACUGUAAGCCAAGUAACUCUUUCUAUAAACUAGCAUGGACUGUUUGGAGAAGAUCGGCCUCAUGUAUGAACUCAGAAUGCCCUUGUUUCUCUUUAACUUAUUAAUGUAGCAAACGAUAUCUUCGUUUUCCCCUAGGAAGAGCUGAAUUGGAGAGGAGUCAUAGGAUAUUUAACCACUGAGAGCUUCCAGUCAGCUUCAUACUGACUUCCCUUGAGCGCUUAGUUCUGACAUAUUUUGACAAGAAAGGAUCUGUGUUCAAGAUCUAGAGGUAAUAGUAGUGCCAUUUUACUAAACACUUCUCCGAAUUAUUGUUUAUGAACUUAAAAUACAUUUCUGGUUUCAGGACCAGUGGGGAAUGCUUGAGGCUAGGUUUAGAAGCGGCACAUGAACACUACUUUGUUGUAAUUUCUCUUGUUGAAUUGACAAAGAUUGUGUAACUGUGAGAAGAAUUUUUUAAGAUUUGUCUUACAAACAGUUUUUUAGUUUUCUCUGAGGGUUUGACUGCCUGUAACCAAGCAUACAACCAUUAAACAUUUGUUAACAAUA